AUGACCGUCCGCCAUGAUGAUUAUAGCCACGCUAUUGAUAAAAAUGAAGGACUAGCUGAGAUCGAUAAAUUUCAUUAUUUACAUUCCCUUUUGGAAGGCUCAGCAGCUAUGUCGAUUCAAGGACUUGCCUUGACUUCUGCAAAUUAUAAAAAGUCAAUCGAAGUUUUGAAACAAAUAUUUGGCAGGCCGCAACAAAUAAUAGCGUCUCAUAAGGAUGAGCUUUUAAAGGUUCCUGUUUGUUCUGAUGACAAGUCUACAUCUAUGCGCCUGGUCUACGAUCGAAUCAACACUAACAUUAGAGGGUUAGAAUCGCUUGGGAUAAACUCUGAACAAUAUGGGAGUCUUUUGAUCCCAGUAAUUAUGUCAAAAUUACCAAGCGAAACACGUUUACAUAUUGCCAGAAACGCCCUGGACGAUGUAUGGAAAAUCGACGACUUAAUGAAGACCAUAAGUAGUGAAGUGGAAGCACGGGAAGUGAGUGAACAUGUCAUGAUCAAAACAAACAACGACAGAAAACCAAUCCUCCUAAAUCGAGAACAACAGCAUCAUUGUAUAGUGGAAACAGCGAGGAUACAAAUCGUCGAAUUCAAAUCCGUUGCAUUUUCUGUCACGAAACCCAUUAUACCGCUUCUUGUGAGAAGAAAGUGCAAUGGGAAACACCAUCAGUCGAUAUGUUUCAGACUAACAGAUGGGAAAGGUGAUAAAUCGAAAAAUAGAGAAUCAAAGGAGGGUUCCAAGAAAAAUGAUGAAGAGAAGAGGAAGGAACAACUAAAAAAUGAACAGAAUAAUCAUGAUAAUGAACCAUCAAGUUCUUCAGAAAAAAGGGAAACCUUACAUCUGAACACCUUUGAAAAUGAUGGAUUUAAAAAGCAAAAUUGUGAGAUGUUCUCUUUCAAUCUGCAAGGAAAAAACAGCGAGAUCGAUAUCGAGAUAUCAGCAUUGGCAUUCCCAGUCAUUUGUUCACCUGUGACAACCACAAUUGAUGUUCAAGCAUAUCCCCAUUUGGACGGUUUACAAUUAGCAGACAACUCAGACAUUGAAAAUCAAUCAAUUGACAUGCUUUUGAGGGCUGAUUAUUAUUACAAGAUCAUCACAGGUGAAAUUGUCAAUGGUGAUAAUGGUCCAAUUGCAGUGGCAAGUAAGCUAGGAUGGUUGCUUCUUGGCCCUACCUUAGAUACGUCUUCUUCAUACGCUUUGUCAAAUCUUGUUAUUGAUGGACGGAAAGAAACGUUGUUGGAAGAGAAUGAAAAAGACGAAUUAGUGAAAAGUUUAAAGAGAUUCUGGGAUCUGGAGUCUUUAGGAAUAGUUGAAAGUGAAAAGGUUCCAGAAUCAGAUAUCGUACAAGAUAUAACAUUCAAUGGUAAACGAUAUGAAGUGGGCCUUCCCUGGAACAACGACGAGACAGCCCCGCUUUCUAAUGAUUACGAGUUAUCUCUUAAUCGUCUCUUGAUUAAUCGUCUCAAGAAAGAUCCAAACCCGUUUAGAGAAUACAAUGCUAUCAUCGAAAAACAAAUCAAAGAAGGCAUCGUGGAACAUGCUCCUGAAAACGAAAAAGAAAUAGACAACGCUCACUUCAUACCUCACCAUGGUGUUAUCCGUAAUGACCGAGACACGACGAAGCUUCGUAAAGUAUUCGAUGGCAGUGCUAAGCAAGAGAAAGAUGGAAGUUCCUUGAAUGAUCACUUGUUGAAUGGACCGAAUUUCAUACCACCAAUAUUUGAUGUUCUUGUAAAGUUCCGGUCAUACGCUGUUGGACUGACUGCCGAUAUUGAAAAGGCGUUUCUUCAGAUCGAGGUUAGGAAAGCCGAUCGAGACAAGCUACGAUUUUUAUGGAUUUAG